AAACAAACCUUUGCACUUAAGAAACAAAAUUAAAUAUGUAGGCUGAUGAACUUCAUCAGUGGAGUGAGUGCAACACAGUUUUGUUAUCCACGAAAGUAAAGGAGUAAAGAGUAAAACUAAAGAGAAAGAGAAAGCAAAGAGGCCGAAUGGAGAAGGCUCAUUUUUCAUCCCCGCGCUACAGAUGGUCUGUUUAACUGUUUUCUCACCAUGUUAUGCUCAAAACACACCCAUAACUCAUUAAGAGAUUAAGCACAACCCUGUUAGACCAUGCACCUGGGCUUUUCCAUGGUUUUCCGUCCUUAAAAUAGCAAAAGUGGAUUCUGACACACCCUUAAUGCUUUUAUUUUAUGUGCUUUAGACUUUGCACCUAGAUCGUUAAAAUAGAGCCCCCCCCCCCAUGUCACUUCAGUGGUUGAAUUGUUCAAAAGCACACCUAAAAAACUUUUUUGAAGUGUUGUGAGUGAAGUGCGCUGGAACGAAUGUCCAACGAGGCAGCCAGCAGGCAUGGAAGAAAACACUCCAUGGCAAUGCUGCUGUAACUUUCACUGAGAAAUGUUUCUCUGCCUGUGUCAAGUCCAGCUGAUGUCCCGCCCCCAAGAGCCAUAUACCCCACCGUGAUUAGUGGGUUCAUUCAGCUCCACACAGAACACUGUAGUGCCAUACAUUUCAAACUCGCGGGCCACACUGACAUUAAACUUUCAAAAUAAGGCCACAAACCAUUGUCCCACGGCCCGUAAUUGGCCCGCAGGCCGCGAGUUUGAGAGCCAUGCUGUAGAGGGUUAGGGAUCAUUUGCGCUAAUCUUCACACAAGAGACAGCAUUUACCUUGGAUUCUGAAUGUAGAUUUUUGUUACUGAGUCACACUGGGAGUCUGUAAUCUGUACUAAUCCCCUCUGAAAAAGAAGGCUUACUGCGGUGAUUUCUGCUCAGCCAGCAAACUCAGCCCACAUUCUGGUAGAUGGACAACGCUGAGUGUCAAUCUUUCACUGAUUCUAGUUUCUAUCUUCUAGAUCUCUGUAUAACAGCCUAUACUGAGCAAACUAUGGCUUUUGUAUUUCUGUUACAGCUUUCUAACUGUGGGGUAUUUGUGCUACAUGUUGAAGGCUGUUUUGCAGUCUGUCGUGCUCUUUUUUUGUGCUCUUCAGCUCCUGCUAUUUGUUUAAGUCACAUUCUUAUCUUGACGGUGCUCACAGGCCUUAAAUCACAUUGACAGUUUCCCCAGUUUCAUGUCCUGGAAGAGCCAAUAGGUUUUGGUUCAGGUGAGCGGUCAUUGUCCUGUAUUUGCUGAACUGUGUCCUUCUUCUGUUCCCGUUGGUGGGUGUCCUGCCUGUGAUGAGUGACUGACAGUCCAGAAAAGCCUCUGAGACACAUUCAGCAUCACCUGUAAAUAGGCGACACACACAGGGAUGCGCUCGUACAUUUACAAACAGAGCUCUGUGAUUGGCUCGCAGGCGGAGCACACCGGGAUGAGGACGUACUAUUUCAGUGCGGACACACAGGAGGACAUGAACGGCUGGGUCAGGGCCAUGAACCAGGCUGCACUCAUGCAAACCCAUACCGUCAAGAGAGACGAGUGUGAUCAUCCAGACCACGUGAAUGUUUCAGAGAAGCUCAAGAAGCAGGCCGUCCCUCAGACCAACCACAUCAACAGCUACGUGAUUCCCGAUCCGGAGGUCAUCCAAAGUGACGGGCUGCCGGAGGACAAGCGGGAGGCAUUUGUUGGAGAGGUGGAGAUCCAGGUUACUCCGAGAGAGAUGGAGCAGGCCAGGAGUAAAUCUCCUGGCAGCAGGGUAGUGGAGGUGGAGGUUUUGGCUCCAGGGUCGACGCCACCCUCCCGGGUUCCCUCUCGAGCUCCUUCCAGAGCCGUCUCCACCCCGCCGGUCGUGCAGAGGAACGGGACACCCAUAGAGCAGAACGGCAUGCCUGGAUGUCAGAGAGGGGCUACACCUUCCGCUCAAACACCAGUUCAAGUGCACAGGAGGAGUACACUGGAGCAGGUGGAGAACUGGGUGAAAGUACAGAAGGAGGAACGCCACGGAUUUGUUUCUUCUGAGAGUACCAUCCCACGUCGGACUCCUCCUAUUCAUCCAAAGUACGGCACAAUGGACAGAUACCAGUCAUUACCAAAGACCUCACGGCAAAGCCCACCAGCCCCUCAUCAUCUGCUGCCCAGUGAAUACAAAUAUUCCCAUGACCGGCUGAAUCACUUCCAGAAGAUCCAUGGACACACGCAGCGACCCACAACACACGACAACACUGUAUGGCAGCUUUUCGAAUGGCAGCAGCGACAGCAAUUUCGGCACGGCAGCCCCACUGCCCCUGUGUACACUCCAGCUCCAGACUACUCCACCGCUGUGUCCUCCACCAGAAACAACUCUGAUGUUUCCCGCUCUGUUUCUGUGCCUCCCACGCUGGCAGACAUACCUCCACCUGGACCUCCUGGAACCCGACUGAUGUCUCCUCGAAGACCACACACACCAGCGGAGCGGGUGACGGUCAGACCUCUGGAGGACAGGCCCAUCGUGGAGGUGCCACCAUCAAACUCUCCACACCGUUUACGAUCCUACAAGUCGGCCACAAUAGAGAGACACUCAAUGCCUCCGUCUGCUUACAUCACACAUACAGUCAGUGCACCCAGCCUGCAUGGAAAAACGCCGGAGGAGCUCACCCUUCUCCUCAUUCAGUUACGGAGACACCAGGCCAUGAUGGCAGGUGUGCGGCACGAUGCGCUGGCACACCUCCAGCAGUUGUCUCGGGUGAAGGCUGAUGAUACAUACAUGCACUUGAAGAAGGACCUGGAAUAUUUAGAUCUGAAGAUGAAAAGUAUAGAGCCAUUGAUCCACAUGGUUCACAGUGUGUUACAAACCUGCAGUGCGGGGGGUUUGAGACCACUCUGGAACGUGAGUGGGACGGAGGCUCUGAAAGGACGGCCAGCAAAGCCUGUGAAGGUGGCAGAAAGUGAUGUGGAUGUGACACUGAGUCGAUUGUGUGAACAGGACAAAAUACUGCAGGAGCUUGAGUUCAGACUCAGUGGACUAAAGGAUGAUAAGGACAAGCUUGAGUCUGUUCUGGAUGUGUCUCACCAGCAGAUGGAGCAGUAUAAGGAUCAGCCGGCUCACGCUGACAAGAUCGCCUAUCAGCAGAGACUCCUGCAGGAGGACCUGGUGCACAUUCGAGCAGACAUUUCUAGAGUAUCGACGGAGAUGGAGAGAGCAUGGGACGACUACAGCAGAAUGGAGCAGUCAGUGGAACAGCUGAGGGACGUCCUGCAGACUCAGAUGACUCUCUGUACAUCACCUCAGGAGAAAAACCAGUUAAAAAGGGAGCUCUGGAGGAUCGAGGACGUGAUGACUGGACUCAGCUCCACCAAAGAAACCUUCAAAAUCACCGUAGACUCAGUCAAGAACCCAGAGAGGAAACUUGUGCCUUCAGUGAUCGAGUCGACAGUGCCUUCUCGGUGCAUGACCCCAUCCGCAGCUGAGGUGCGGUCGCCCCAACGCAGCCUGACCUCCAGUCCACUAUCACUGCCGCUGGACAAUGAAGACCUGCGGAACCGGCAUCCUGUUCCAAAUUGGGAAGAGGAUGAUGCUCCGCCCAGACCACCUUUGCCCCUUCUGUAUGAUGAGGACACACCGCCUGUUGUCCCGCCCCUUCCUAAAGAGACAUCAGUCAUCAGACACACUUCAGUGCGAGGCCUCAAACGACAGUCUGAUGAGAGGAAGCGGGAUCGAGAAAGCAGCUACAGUAAUGGAGAUUACAGGCUGGAACUGCGCUCAUACCUGAGUGAACCAGAGCUUCCUGUAAGUGCUCAUGGAGCAGAUCAUGUGGACCCAGGCUACCUGACUCUCCAAAGAAGAGGUCUGUCAGGUUCCUCAUCCAGAAUAAAUCAGUACGGAGUGGCUUCCUGCUCCCUGAGGAGAGAUUUAGAGUUAUCCACAAUGGAGAGACCAAAGAGUGCCUUGGAGCGUCUGUGUUCAGGAGAGCCUCAGCUGGAGCAGCAGUCGCAGCCGCAGAGAGUCAGGAUGAGUGUGGAGGAGCAGCUGGAGAGAAUGAAGCGACAUCAACGAGCGCUAGUGCGCGAACGCAAACGCAACCUGAGUCAGGGUGAACGCCAGCACUCCCGCACCUCCAAUCGACCGGUCAACUCUGACCCAGGAUCAGGAUGGGAAAAUCUCAUUGAUUUGCAGCGACCCAAACAGGCCUUGUUUGUUGAACCUCAUCGGCCGGCAUCAGAUGAAUGGUUGACGGUUAAGGCUCGGCCAGUUAUGGAAUCGGAACUGGAGCCUUUGGACUUUGAGUUCGAUAUUACCAGAGAGCUGUCUACACCACAGAAAGUGUGGAUUCCACAGCGACUAAUAGACGAGGAGUCAGAGGAUGACCUGAGUCCUGAAGAGAAGGAGACUCGCUCUCGCACGGUAGCAAAGAUAAAAACCCUCCUGUCCAAAUCCAGCAUGAGGUCUUCAGAGCAGAUGGACUUCAGUGAUCUGGAUAUGACACUUCAGCAGCAGGAGAGGAUCAUGAGUGUUCCUCGAGCUCUCGCCACAGAAGCCUCCAUCAAGAGGAGGCAGGUCACAGCCAAAGCCAUGUCCGAGUGCUAAAUCUUGUUGUGAAGCUUUAUUGAGAGUCCAAAAGAUCAUUUUGUACCAGAUAUUUAUAAUUCACCUUCAGUCAUUCAGGCUCUCAGAUGUUUGGAACUUUUUAUAUGCAAUAUGUUUUUUUUAUUAUUAUUAUUCAUUUUAUUGUGGCAUGUUUUAUCAGCUACACUUUCUGUUUUACAUUUCUGGCAUCAAAAGUAGUUUUUUAAUUUAGCACUUUGUUAUUUUUGUUAAACAUACAGUAGUACAUAAUUGUGAUUUAAGGUGCGUAAUCAUUUG